GUGGGAGACCCGGCACGUCAAGGAUCUGUGCCGCCUCUACCGCGAGAGCGGCGCCGUGGGCAACUUCCUCGACAUCGGGGCCAACAUCGGCACCUUCGCCAUUCCUUUGGCGGACUGCCUCGGAGGCGGCGGACGAGUGCUCGCCGUGGAGGGGAUGCCGCCCACCGCGGACCACCUCGUGGCAGGCAUCUUGGACAGCAGGCUGAAGAACGUGGACGUGUACCCUUACGCCGUGGGCGCGUCCGGGGAUCCGAGGACGGUGACCAUGUCACUCAACCCUGUCAACAAGGGCGGCUCUGCCGUCAAGGGCAACAAGCCCUUCACCAACAUGACCGACGACCAGUUGCAGGACUUGUUCCACCCGGGCAAGAAGGCACAGAAGUACGCCCAGAAGGUUGUGGUGAAGGAGUUCUCUGUGCCUCUCACCACCGGUGACCAUAUGCUCUAUCACAACCCAGCCAUGAAGGCCAUCGUGAUCGCCAAGGUCGACAUCGAGGGCUACGAGGGCAGGUUCAUCCGAGGCUCCAAUACCCUGUUUACCAAGUACCCCCCGUGCUUCAUGACCAUCGAGCUGAUUCCGGAGUGGCUGGAGCGCGCUGGUACGCCAGCACAGGAGAUUCUGGACCAGCUGACCGCCUGGGGCUACAAGGACGUCCCCACCCUCGCAGGGCUCAUGAAGUCGAACGUCGAUGCCAAGACCCGGACAGUUGUGCAGAGGGACAUGGCGAAGUGCCUGCAGCGCGUGAGGUCCUACGCCUCCCAGCAGUGA